UUAAGCCAUCACCCCCAAUACCGUCCCCUCUAAGUAUCUGAAUCAUUGUGUUAUCGAUCUGUGAGAAAAAUUUGUGUCGUGCAAUGGCGGACACCACUGCGCAACCCAGCCGAUCAAGAGACCUCGAUAAGCUCCUCCUCCGACCAGGCCAUCUCGUCGGCCCGAACUUCGAACCUGGACCUGAAUUGAGAGAUGAUCUUAAAGAGUAUGCGAAGGUUUUGGUGGUGGGUGCCGGUGGAUUGGGGUGUGAAUUACUAAAGGACUUGGCUUUAUCGGGAUUUCGGAACCUGGAAGUCAUUGACAUGGACCGAAUUGAAGUGUCCAAUCUCAAUCGCCAAUUUCUGUUCAGGUUUGAAGAUGUUGGAAAGCCGAAAGCUGAGGUGGCUGCAAAGCGAGUGAUGGACAGAAUUAGUGGUGUGAAUAUUGUGCCACAUUUUUGUCGCAUUGAGGAUAAAGAGCUAGAAUUUUACAAUGAUUUCAGUAUUAUAGUCCUUGGCCUUGAUUCCAUUGAGGCUCGAAGCUACAUAAACGCUGUGGCUUGUAGUUUUCUAGAGUAUGACUCUGAUGACAACCCUCGAGAAGAAACAAUAAAACCUAUGGUAGAUGGUGGAACUGAAGGUUUCAAGGGUCAUGCUAGGAUUAUUAUGCCAGGGGUCACGCCAUGCUUUGAGUGUACAAUUUGGCUCUUUCCCCCUCAAGUCAAGUUUCCUUUAUGUACUCUUGCGGAAACCCCAAGAACUGCUGCUCAUUGCAUUGAAUAUGCCCAUUUAAUCAAAUGGGAUGAGGCUCAUAGUGGAAAAAGUUUUGAUCCAGAUAAUCCUGAACAUAUGCAGUGGGUCUAUUCAGAGGCUGUCAAGAGAGCAGAGCUUUUUGGCAUUCUAGGAGUCACAUAUUCUUUGACCCAGGGGGUGGUGAAAAAUAUCAUACCUGCUAUAGCAUCCACCAAUGCAAUUAUAUCAGCUGCAUGUGCUUUGGAAACGUUGAAGAUUGUAUCAGCAUGCAGUAAAACAUUAUCAAAUUAUCUAACAUAUAAUGGUGUCGAAGGCCUUCACACUAAAGUGACUGAGUUUGUGAAAGACAAAGACUGUCUUGUGUGUGGUCCUGGCAUUCUUAUUGAGCUGGACACUUCAGUUACCUUGAAAAAGUUUAUCGAUCUACUUGAAGAUCACCCUAAGUUGCUUCUAUCCAGAGCAAGUGUUACGCACAGAGGGAAGAAUCUGUAUAUGCAGGGACCUCCAGUACUGGAAGAGAUGACUCGCUCGAACCUGGAUAUGCCACUAUGUGACCUAAUGGAUAAAAUCCCCAAGGACAUUGUCCAUGUGACUGGCAUAGCUGGAAAGGGUGAUAAGAAGCAAUCAUGUUUAAGAAAAUUACGUGUUGUUUUCAAAGGAAUUGAUGGAGUUACCGAUAUGGACACUGCUGGCGGGGCUUGACUUUUUCAUACCGCAACUGUUGCAACCAGAUCCAAAGCUGCUUCAGUAGGUGCUUGAAUCCCCCACCCUCCCUUUUCUAGUUUGAUUAUUUGAGCCAAAGGCAGGUUUUGUUGAGGCAAAAAAUGGAUAGCCUUAUAUUUUUGUUACUUUUUUCCAAAGAUAUCUCAGUAGAACAUUUGAGGCUGUGAAUAUAUUACCAAGAGAUCAAUGUUAUUAGAGAAUGUUCAUUUCAAGUCAUGCCCGAUAAUUUUUAGCAGAAAAUACAUGUAAAGGCGAUGAUUCAUUGGUUUAUUCGGAUUGAUGCAUGAUAGAUGCUGUAGCAAGAGCUG